AUGGCUAAAUACUUUGCGAGGUUCUAUUCCUACAAGCCAAAGAAAAACCCCUUUGUCAUAAAAUCUUCAAGAAGUAUUAAGAUACAAGCAAGACAGUUUGGUGAAAUUAAGGAAGACACAACAAUACCAAAUAAUAUACUUACUGAACCAUUCAGAAAUUGCGAACUUAAUGCUGCGAUAAAACAGCUCAAGUGCAAAAAGUCUCCUGGCGAGGACGGCCUUCCACAUGGAGCUGUCACAAGCUGCACUCUUUUCAAUGUCUUCAUCAAUGACAUAGCCGAACUGGUACAGACAGUCGCGGGCAUCAAGUGCUUACUUUAUGCAGAUGAUCUUGUUCUAUGGUAUUCCGCCCCUAAGAAAAACGCUCAGGAGAGGACAGAAAGUGCCCUAAAUUGUGCACUUAAACAACUAGCAAACUGGUGCGACAACAAUGGAAUGGUAAUCAACACUGCGAAAACUGCAUUCCAAACAUUUUCUUUGGCCCAUCACAGCAUAAACCCGCUUCUAAGGUACAAGGAUACUACCCUAGAAAAAACCAAUGAGUUCACAUAUCUCGGAAUGGCGUUUAACACAAAGCUAACAUGGAAAAGUCGCAUUGCUAAAAUAGCAGAACGAAUCUCCAAUAGACUGAAUGUACUGAAGCGUCUUGCUAGUAGCGUAUGGGAUUGUGCACGCUCAACUCUUAACACCACUUGCAAGAUCCACAGAGGUGACUCUCAAACCACUCGAGAAGGCACACAACCAAGCAUUACGACUAAUCACUGGAGGGAUAAUAUCAACACCCAACCGCUUGACUACUUACGGAAAUCAAACACCCCUCCAGAACAAAUGCCCUCACUGGCCCUUGAGACAAUCAAUGUCAUCUAUCCUGCAGAUCAAUGGCCCCAAGUCUUCACUGAUGGGCCUUACAUACAAAACCAAGCAAACGUUGGUGCAGGUGUCUACUCUGAACUCUUCUCUUUCUAUGCAGCAUCUGGACACAAAAGAUCCGCUUUCGAAGGAGAAAGAGGUCAUUAA